CGCAUUUGUCGAGUAAACCUCGUAAGUCCUCGUAAAACUAGGACGGGGUUUAAGCAGAUCGACGACUUUUGAGUGCGACAAUUUGAGGCUCUCAAUGAAUUGCCAUUGGUAGUAUCACCUUCCUGUAAGACUUGUUCACCUUCGUUGAGUCUCGGGGACUUGUUCACCUUCGUUGAGUCCCGGGGACUUGUUCACCUUCUUGCGAAGGAUAGUGGACAUUGUGGAGUGUCGAGUGAACCGUGGUGUUUGAAAUAUGGAGCUCAUGACGCUAGAAGCUGGCGUGGAACAUACGUGUUGGAACGCUUCUGGGGUGAAAAUGGCGGCGGGUAUGUCAGAUGGCAGUAUCCAAAUAUAUGAGCCCGAUAAAGGAGCCAGCUCCGAUUUUUUGUGCACCAGCAAGUGGAAGGCCCAUGAAGGUGCCGUGGUGAAACUUGUCUGGGGUCCCCAAGAAUAUGGAGAUCUUCUUGCUUGCUGCUCCAGGGAUGGCACGAUGUCAGUUUGGGAGGAGAUCGAGGACAAGGACAAAGAAGACGUUUGGAGCUUAUGUCAUCGCUUCACAGACAUUGGUGUUCCUGUUCUUGACAUUGCAUUUGGCAACUGCGUCUCGGGACUGAAAUUAGUUGCUGCAGGAGGUGACGGCCAUCUUAGAGUGUAUGAAGCGUCCAACGUCUUGGAGUUGAAGAAUUGGCAAUUGCAGGCUGAGUUCGCAAACGUGACAGAUGUCGUAGAAAAGCUGGAGACUGUAUCUUGUACCGCCGCGUCGAUCAGCUGGAGACCAGCAGCCGAUGCUAUCCAGCAACCAGUCUUUGUAGUGGGAUUCCAGACCAACUCGCCGCAGCACAGCAUAGCAAAGGUUUGGGAAUUCGGGGAAGCACAUCAAAGAUGGCAUCUCGUUGCAGAAUUAACUUCUCCAGAUCAUGACUACGGGCGAAUCAACCAUGUGUCUUGGGCACCGAAUAUCGGCAGACCAUAUGAACUCAUAGCCAUUUCUUCUAGUAUUUCUGUAUCAAUCUGGAGUAUGGAAAUUCCUUCUAUUGCUGGCCGACGACCUGCAGUUCAACUUCUAGGGUACUUCACGGAUCAUGAAGGCGGGGUGUUGCAGGCUAAGUGGGACAUGUCUGGCAUGACUUUAGCAUCAGCUGGAUGUGAUGGAUUGGUUAAACUUUGGCAAUCCAAUUUAAAGGGCAAAUGGGAGGAGAAAAGUUCCAUCGUCGGUACGCAGCACUGAAAUGUUCAACAGUUGAAGGAGCUAACAGUGCUAGGCUAGUUGGAGGGCGGCAAAUCAUUACAGAUCGCAAAGGACUGGGGAAAAGUCUGUUGAUGGGAAAGGCUUGUUUUCACCCCCACAAUAGAUUCAUAUAGCCCGCCCUCACCUGUCGCCCUGCCCCUUGGUACACAAAUGUUUGGCAGCAAAGACUGGAGGUUAUAUACCGGAACGUGAACUUCUGCUGAAACCAGUGGCGAGUUUGUUUCUCGAUUCUAGACAUGGUAAGGCAACAGUACGAGCAGUUCGUAGAAGAUCAGAUGGGGGAAUAUACAUCAGCUACAAAAUGGGGCGAUCACCAAGUCGGCACACAUUUUAUCACAAGAAGAGAGCCUUAAGCGGCAAACCUUGCAUGUGUUGAGGGGUUUCUAUGACACUUAUCCAACAUCUCUCAGACAAGAUGACAUCGGCUGACCUUCUAACGCGGAUCCUGCUCAUAGCUAAGUGCAACUGGGUCAACCAUUUUAUCGGCGACGGAGCAGGAAAACGCACUCUCCAAGGUUUUCCAUGUUGCCACUGGCCAAUGCAUGAGCGAGAGCUACUAGUGAUUCCCCAAAUCAUGAGUGUACAUAUGUCUUUUUUUCAUUCAAAAAACCAUCUGAAUUAAACCUGGCUGGCCAGCUAUGU